AUGAACCCAGAGGAGGCUGGUGAACAUAAAUCCGACCACAGCAGCACAGGGGGGCAACUCCCGACAGGCGAUCCCACAUUCGUGCGGGAGAAAUUCAAACAGGCCCCAGAGAGUGCAAAAUAUUCGCAGUGCCAUAGGAGCCGACUGGACAUGGCAGAUGAGCUUGUGCCGAACUGUUUCACUAGCUCAGCGCCAUCUUCCCUCUCUCUUGUCUCUGAUUUACCGCUGAAUGGCCAUCCCCCGACUGGCCGCGUCACCAAAGCUGAAAUCAUCCAGAGCUGCGACAUCGCCGUGGUCACUGCCCAGAGCAAACAUGGAGACGAACGCUCGAAGGCCCUCAAAAGCAAAUUUCAACUCUCCUUUGGAGUGAACCGCACAAUAGCACAGGGAAGAAAUGGAAGGUCUUCAACUGAGUUGCACAAGCACUGUGAGAAGUGUUUCAACCGUCACUGCAGAGCUGCUGUGGAGAUAUCAGUCUCAUGUGUUGUCAUAUCGUGUCGCUUGCACUGCGGUGCAACCUUUCACCUCUGCAAAGAGGAUGAGCAUCGGCUGCUAUGUCCCAACGAGAAGGUGCCCUGCCUCAAUGCCCAUUACGGCUGCCCGUUUUCCAUGCCACGGUACCGACUCGCCCAACACCUGGAGGUAUGCCCAGCCAGUCUGGUCAGCUGCUCUCUAGAGUGGAACCGCUGGCCCGUGGCUGAAACUGACACCACUUUCUGCCAGAGUGCAGUCAAAGACCCCAACUGUAUGGAUCAGUUGGAUAUAGCCAUGGCCCUCAGGGACCAAAAAUGUCUUUUCAGCUCCAUUAAAAUGAAAACACUGUUCCCAGAGUUGAUUGAACGGACUGAGGGACCUGUCAACCAUGAGUCUGGAGGGGCUUCAGGGGGUGAUGAUCUGCUGGAUUGUAAAGUUAAGUCCUUAUUACCCACAGGUGAAAAUCCAGGAGAGGGUGCUGAUUGGGCAGGGGUGCAGGAGCUGAGCCAGGAGGAAAGAGAAGCUUUGGCUAAGAGCAAAGAUGUAGCUUGUCUGGAGAGCUAUAACAUGUGGGAGGAUAUAUUCAAGAAGGAGAUGGGAGGAUGCAAGCAAACAGUGAAAAACUUGGAGAGCAAAGAUAAUCCAGAUGGAGAGCAAGAAGACAGAUCAUCAUUGAAAAACAAUGACCCCAAGGAGGAUCCUCAGGGUGACCAGGGCUCUAGCAGUUCUGACUCGGUGGAUGUCACAAAAACGGGCUUUGCUCCCUGGCAGGAUGGUGUUCUGGAACGACUUCGCAAAGAGGCCAACAUCGCCGAAUACAACAUGUACCUGGUGCACCACGGUAGCAUGCUGAUUAAUUUUGGUCAGCUGGCUGCUUGCACCCCAAAGGAGAAAGACUUUGUGUAUGGGAAUCUAGAGCCCAUCGAAGUACAAACAUUAUGUUCAUAUACUGUUCCCACUAGUUAUAGGGCCAAACGCAACCAUAUGAAAGAUCCCUCCCAAAGGGCAAAGAGAGUCAACCAAAGUGUGGAUACGUUUGAUUUGGGAGUGUCCACUGAGGAUCUCCCGAAGUCAGAUGAGGUCAGUGCAACACUGCUGUGUUCCCUGGAGAGGGAAUGGAGAGGGCACCAGAUCUGUGAAACCGUGGCAACAGAUGGGCUGUAUGUCGACUUUGGCACUCAGACCUAUGACUUUCCUUCUGCUCCAUUCAAAGCCACAGCAUCAUUAGCAGAUGUUGUUGUAGACAAGGUCCCCAGCCUUCACCUACAGGUCCAGACCGAGUGCGUGACCAGGAGACACAACAAAGCUAGUUCAGCGUUCACCUACCUGUGCUGUCACACAUUUCGGCGUGACGAGUACCCUUUGCACUUCCAAAACGUGCAUGCGGAUAUACAGUCCAACCUGCACGGCUGGUUUGAACAGCGAUGUCCACUGGCCUACCUAGGCUGUACCUUCAGCCAAAGACGUUUUCGGCCCUCCACCUAUCGGGCUGUCGUCACCUAUAACCAGGACUUGGGUACUUUCAGCCUCCAACCAGAAAUUCCACCAUCGCUACUGCAGGGGGGUAAAACCACUAGCAGUGAACACAAGAGAGCUAGGAACCUGGAUCCCCUCAGCAGGUUGCCUUUUGAGCUCUUGCAGCACAUUGCUGGAUUCCUGGACAGCCAGUCCCUCUCCCAGCUGUCCCAGGUAUCUCAGCUCAUGAGGGAGGUGUGUGGAACAUUACUGCAUGAGAGGGGUAUGGUGUUCCUUAAGUGGGAGAAGAAAACCUACUCACAUGGGGAGUCUCACUGGAAAGCCAGAAAGAAGGUAUGGCAGUUCAGCACUCUGUUCUCCAGAGUGGAUAAAUGGAGGUUUGAGGACAUGCCAUCCAUCGCAGAACACCUGAGGGUUUGCCCUUUCUACCAUACAGAGAGCAGGAGUGAACCUGUGGCUUUGGUCAGUAUGGGGAACGUCACAGACAAAGAGGCUAAGAGUUAA